GUUAUGCUCAGAAGCUUUUAAAGGAUUUAUUCAGUAACUACACGAGUGCUCUGCGGCCAGUGGAAGACACAGGAGAUAUCCUGAAUGUCACCCUUCAGAUCACCCUUUCACAGAUCAUCGAUAUGGAUGAACGUAACCAGAUUCUCACAGCUUAUCUAUGGAUACGACAGUGCUCACAAUCAUUUUACAGGCUCAAUGGACACUAAUGUGGUGAUUCGACAUGAUGGUCAGAUCAUGUGGGAUUCCCCUGCAAUCACCAAAAGCUCGUGCAAAGUGGACGUCUCCUUCUUCCCCUUUGAUGCCCAGCAAUGCCGCUUGACUUAUGGCUCUUGGACAUACAAUGGCAAUCAGCUGAACCUCCUGAAUGGAAUGGACACAGCUGACUUGGCUGACUUGAUACAUAAUGUGGAAUGGGAGAUACUAGGUAUGCCUGCAGAGAGGAACGUAAUCCAGUAUGGGUGCUGUGCAGAUCCUUACCCAGAUAUCACUUACACUCUGAAACUCAAACGCAGGGCAUCUUUCUAUGUGUUCAACCUUCUCAUCCCAUGUGUGAUGAUCUCAUUCCUGGCACCGCUGGGCUUCUACCUACCAGCCGAUUCGGGGGAGAAGGUAUCUCUGGGUGUCACGAUGAUGCUGGCUCUCACUGUGUUUCAGCUCCUGGUUGCUGAGAUCAUGCCACCAUCUGAAAAUGUGCCUCUUAUUGGGAAAUACUACAUAGCCACAAUGACCAUGAUAACAGCCUCCACAGCCUUGACCAUCUUCAUCAUGAACAUUCAUCACUGUGGCCCUGAGGCGAAGCCGGUCCCCAGGUGGGCUAAAAAGUUCAUCCUGCAGUACAUGGCCCGCAUCUGUUUCGUGUUUGAGGUGGGUGAGAACUGCAUGAUGCCGCAGCCAGAGAGACCAGAGCCUCCGCAGGAGAAAAGCACCACUGACUGCAGGAUGAAUGGCCAAGCAGGGAGAGAGAGCAUCCUGAGGGUGGAGAGGGCACAGGAUGAGAUGUCCCAGAAGAUCCUUGAAGAGAAUGAGGACACUGAGCAAGUUUUGAGCCCCUCUGGCUCCAUGGGAAGAAACCCUACGAACCACUUCACCGCCUGGAGAAAUGGAGUCUUCAUGAGCAUGGACUGUGGCGAUAGCUCGGAGGGUGCCCCGAGGCGAGUGAGACGCAAUGAGUUGGGAAGUGAGAGAGGCGGAGGGAAAGAGACACAGGCUAAGGGCCAGUGCAUGUAUGAGCAGCAGGAACUCCAGAGGAAUAUCGAGUACAUUGCAAACUGUUACCGAGACCAGAGAGCCACGCAGAGGAGAACCGGCGAGUGGAAAAAAGUGGCCAAGGUGCUGGAUCGUUUCUUCAUGUGGAUGUUCUUCAUCAUGGUGUUUCUGAUGAGUCUGCUAAUAAUGGGCAAAGCCAUCUAAACAACGUUUACUAGCAUAGACAAAACACUGAAAGACACAUGCAAUUUUCAGUCAUGUUUGUCCCAACCUAUUUGUUCAACUACUGUACCAAAUUGUAUUUUGUAAAUUGCAAAAAAGUUGAUAAUGUAUAUAUGACAGGGAUCUCCUUAAUCCCUCCCCCACAUUCCCUCCUAUUCUCUUUUACCUCACUCUCUCCUCCCACCAGAUCGCAGAUCCAAAGAUACUUUGUUUGACGAUUUCUUUCAUGAUUCAAAAUUGUGAUAAUCUGGUCUGGUGAGUCAUUACUAACAUUACUCUUAGGGCACAUUUGCGGUUUACUUGCUAAUGUGUAUGUCUCCUUACUUUAUUGUAUUUUGCUGGUACCUAUGGCUAAGUUUACACAGCAGGUCAAUUUUUGCUUCUGUCUGAUUUUUUGGACCAUACGUUCUCACCUAACAAUAUAAGUAGAAUAUUUGAUAGCUGCAUUUAAACUUGACAUCCAAAGUGGUGCACACAACUUUCGAUGGCCGCAAAUAGGUAAGCAGGAGUAACUAAGCUUGACUCAAAAGCCAAAAGGGGCAGAUUAAUUCUCAAUGGGUUUGUUUUUUACAAAGGGUCAUAUUUACCAUGCUGUGUAAAUGUAGUACAAUUAUUUAUUAUUAGUAGAUGCUCAGUGCUGUAACUUGUAAUUUCGUUAUUAGAAUAUGUAGCCAGACUUUAUAUACUGUACUUAUUAUAUAUCAUAUUCAAUAGUUACAAUAAAGAGAAGACAUUGAUACAA